AUGAUGGCCAAUCCACUCGACGGCGUUAACGUGAACCAGCCCACGCAAAAUGGAAGCAAGGUCCAACCUUGUAAUAAUGAGUCGAAGACCAACCUCAUUAUCAACUACCUGCCGCAAACGAUGACACAGGAAGAGAUUCGCUCGUUAUUUUCGAGUGUCGGCGAAGUAGAAAGUUGCAAACUUAUUAGAGACAAAGUAACAGUAUUCCCAGACCACAUUCUCAAUGGACAGAGUUUGGGGUAUGCCUUUGUUAACUAUCAUAAGCCAGAAGACGCUGAAAAGGCUGUAAACACGCUCAAUGGCCUGAGACUCCAGAAUAAAAUCAUUAAGGUAUCUUACGCCCGCCCGAGCUCGGAUGCCAUUAAAGGUGCCAACCUAUACGUGUCCGGUCUGCCGAAGCACAUGACUCAGCAAGAAUUGGAGAAGCUCUUUAGCCCGUUUGGCACCAUCAUCAGCUCACGCAUUCUUCAUGAAAACGUGAAUGUUGGUCAUCUGCUCCAAGUUGGCGCCGAGGAGCCAUCGAUCCAAGGUCCGUCGAGAGGAGUGGCUUUCAUCCGCUACGACCAGCGACACGAAGCUGAAAACGCGAUACGUGAGUUGAAUGGUACUGUACCACCAGGUGGUACUGGGCCUAUCACAGUUAAAUGUGCUAAUAACCCGAGUAACCAGAACAAGGCUCUUGCCCCUUUAGCUGCUUAUUUAGCUCCUGCAGCUGCUCGUCGCUUCGUAGGUCCAGCUGGAAAAGCACUGCUCGCUAUCAACAAGGGUCUUCAACGAUUUUCUCCCUUGGCCGAUCCACUUAUUCAAGGUAAUGCUAUCGGUGGCUCAGGAUGGUGCAUUUUUGUUUAUAACAUAGGAGCUGACACAGAAGAGAGUGUACUCUGGCAGCUCUUUGGCCCAUUUGGUGCCGUCCAGAGUGUUAAAAUAAUAAGAGAUCCCACAACUAACAAGUGCAAGGGAUACGGUUUUGUUACCAUGACCAAUUACGAUGAGGCUGUUGUUGCCAUCCAAUCUUUGAAUGGAUACUCACUGAACGGCCAGGUACUCCAGGUCAGCUUCAAAACGAACAAGAGUAAAUCUUAA